AUGUCUACGACUGUCCUGAUCACGGGAGCGACCGGCCUUCUUGGGCGUCAGGUGUUCAACACAUUCAAGCACUCCGGCUGCUUUGUCGUGGGGCAAGGCUAUUCUCGAGCCAACCCGCCCACGAUUCUCAAGGCCGAUCUCGAGAAGGACGGGGACAUCAGGAACCUGUUGGAUGAAGCGAAACCUCAGAUUGUCAUUCACUGCGCCGCAAACCGGUCACCCGAUCUAUGCGAUAAGAAUCCCGAGGAAGCUCGCGGGGUCAACGUCGAAGCGACUCGCAUUCUCGCGGAAGAGGCAUCCUCCCGGAAAGCGCUGAUGAUCUACAUCUCCACGGACUAUGUGUUUUCCGGAAAGGAGGGCGAAGCGCCGUACGAGGCUGAUGCCGAGUCGCACCCAACCAACCUCUACGGCCAGCUCAAGCGCGACGGCGAACUCGCGGUGCUGGAGGCCACGAAGGAGACCGGCCUAGGAGUGAUCCUGCGCGUGCCGGUGCUGUACGGCACGGCGCAGAGCAACUCGGAGAGCGCGGUGAACUGUCUGAUCGAUGCGGUUUGGAAGUCUCAGGACGAGAAGGCGGGUGUGAAGAUGGACGACUGGGCGCAACGGUACCCCACGAACACGGAGGACGUGGCUCGCGUGUGCCGCGACAUCGUCGUCAAGUACCUCAAGCAGCGACCUAGAAUCCACGAAUUGCCCAAGAUCCUGCAGUUCUCGUCCGAAGAUCGGAUGACCAAGUAUGAGAUUUGCGAGAAACUGGCGGAGGUGCUCGGACUUUCCCUGGUGGGGAUGGUCCGGAACAAGCAAGGGAACGAUCCGAACGCGUCUGUCCAGAGACCGUAUGAUACUCAUCUGUCAACCAAGGCGCUGAAGGACCUUGGCAUUGAUGUGCAGACCACCGACUUUGUCGCGUGGUGGCGGAAAAACCUCGGAGCUUACAAGAAAUGA